AGCAGAAACAGAAUAAAAAAGUAAAAUUCAAACACGAAUAAAUUAAACUAAAUUAAAUAAGUUUUAAAAUUGAUGGAAACAUAUUUUAGCUGUGUUCUCUUUUAUUAAUUCGGAUAUAUUUUAUAUGAUAAUUUAAGUAAUAUUAACAAUAGAAUGUUAAAGAAAGUAUAAAUCAAGUCCACAAUUAUUAAAAAUGACGGUAAAAAAUUGGCUCUCAGAUCGCAAACGAUAUUAAUUAAUCUUUUCGGAUCAGACGAUCGAUAGAAAUUUUAUGAAUGCGCGUCGAAUUUCCAUUUUUCUAAGAUUUGACGAAAUCAAAAAGUAGAUCGUUAAAAUUGAUUUUAGACUCGAUAAGAAAAGAAAUACCGCAUAAAUGAAUAGCGAACGGAGUGUACUACUGUAUAGAUAAGCGUCAGAGAAGGAAGAGUUUCGAUCGCUGCGGACAGUGCAUCGCGAGCGGGAAUGCAUUUUAUCAGACCGGUGUUACUGGUUGCGAUCGCGCUCGUCGAGAUAAUAAGCGAACAAACGACGAGUCGCGCGUCAGUCUCAUCCUGUACGCGGACAGGACUGUGCUCACAAUCAACGAUCGAUCUUCAAUAGUCCUGAACUCUGUGUUAAUUACCUAUAGUUGAUUAGAAAGAACCGCGCGCCGUAAAUCCGGUGACACAAUCCCGUUGAUUUCUUUUUUCAUCGACCGCGAUAUAUAUAAUUCUGUUCGCUCUAAUCGGCUAUGAGUUCUCUUCGAUGGAACGGUGUUAAAUGUUCACCUGUGCUCGUCUGCUGAUGACCCUGACUUGCGUGAUACUACAAUUUAAAGCGGAUCGGCGAUAACGAGGCAUAUGCAGUUCCGUUGAGCGCGAGAGUAUACCGGGGUGUACCGCGACACACGAGACAACAAGAGUGAUGGGAAUCGACGGUAUGAGGGUCGGCGGAGGCAGAUGCCCGCCCCUCCUGGUCGGCGGACUCCUGCUGGCAUGCCUCAUGCUCAUCUGCAGCUGGUGGACCCUGUCUUCCGAGAACCUGGAGCUCAUCAGGCAGAUCGACGAUCUGAACGAGCAGCUUAAGAUAAGUGCUGAAGAAAGAGAUCAGUGCGUGACGUUGCGAGGUAAUUUGGAACAAAGAUUUAAACACACGGAAGAUGAGCUGGCUUCCUUGCACGUCCGUUUGGAGCAGCAGAUGGAUUUUAAAAAGAAAAAUGAGGAACUCGAGGAUUCAAUUACUAUGUGCAGGAGUGAGCUGGACUCGUUAAAUAAACUGGACGCUACGAAAACUGCAACGUUAGAAACGUUGAGAUUAGAAAAGGAUACAAUUAAUAAUCAAUUAGACGUAAAGCGGGAUGAGAAUAAAAAACUUCAAGAAGAAGUGGAUAGGUUGAAAGGAGAAACAGAUCAACUCAAGCUUGGUUGUAAUGCACCACCUGAGAAGAAAGCGACUUUAAAUCUCGAGCCACCAACGACAGUGGUCAUUAACAAGUCUCAAUUGCAUCCUGUACCGGAGUCUGCUGUAAGAGUAUCCGUAGCUGGUCAGCGAGGUUUGAAGUUCCACGGGAUUCCGAUCCUACCAUCAAACCCACCUGGUGCUGAGCGCCAAACUCCUCGUUUCUCAGUGACUAUGUUGAAGAAAGUUGAAACGGAAUCAAAACAAGGCAUGAAUAAUUCCACAGAGCAGGAUAUCCCAGUUGCCAACGAAUUGGAAGAUCCCGAAAAUCGAGCACGUGAUAACAAUGGAGAUGACAUACAAAGCACAGAGGAAACUAUGCUACUUCCAGACAAUUAUGAAGAAGACAAAACGCAAGAUGCCGCAAAGAAACCUGGAGACAAAAUUAUAUAGUAUCACGCGAUAUAACUUAGAAAUUAAUGAGUCUUGCAAAACGCGAGCUUAGUUUAAACUAUAAUAGUUAUAGAUAAAUAUAAGUGAUAUUCUGAUCCAUCACGGAGAUUAUGAUCUUUUGACUAUGCAUCAUGUAAAAUAUUGUGCUCAAUUGUAUCAUACACAUUCUCACACAUACACGUGUACACUUAAUUGUUUAUGAUACAAACAUAUUUUUUAUAUGUUACUACCUUAAAAAUAUGUACUUUUUAAAUAGUUUUUUUUUUCUAUAAUACGAAGAUGAAACUACAAAGUAAUUUAUGUGCCAAAAUAAGUUGGUCGUUUUUUAUAUAUAUACGUUUGAGGCCAUAUGUGAAAUCUCUAUGUAAUAAGCAGAUACUGUGAUCAUUGGAAGAUCUGAAAAUAAAUGUCAAUAAUUAUUACUAGUAAUUUUUAGACAUAAGACGCAAUAAUUUUUUGAUGCAGCAUGUUUUAUAUCGAUUAAAAGAAAUGGUAAAAAUAAGCAAUGUGAAUUGUAAGUAUUUUACAUAAAAAUAUAAAGGUGGACAAAAAUUGUUUAAGAAAUAUCCUUGUCUAUUUUUCUUUGCAAUUUUAUUGGAUAGAUAAUGGAUGAUGAAUUUUUAUAAAAAAAAUUGUUGCGGUUUGUUUAAAGACAAAAACAGUUUAAGUUUAUAACAAAAUUUUAAUAAUGAAAAUUAGGCAUGAUAUUGAUUAAUUAUUUUAAAAGUUUCAUUUCUUUACAUUCCUUGUAUCUCUUAUUGUAAAAUUAUUUUAUAUUUAUGAUGUGAAAUAUAUAUCAAUUUUAUAUAUCCUUGUUAGCAUAUCCAAAAUAUACUCAGCUUACAUAAAAUUUCGUGAUUUUAUUGCAAAAUCUCUACGGUUUAUACUUGUGCGAUAUUCAUUUGUGUGUAGUACAGCAUCGAGUUUAUCAUGUAUUGCAUAAAAAAGAUUACAUGUGUUAGCUUCUUUUUUUCAAUAUUUUACAAUUAUUAAAAUUUGUAUACAUAAAUGAAAUAAAAAUAUAACGAGAAUAAGUGAUCGUUGAUUAUCAUAUUGUCCUCGUAAAUUA